AAAAAGCAGUCCUGGGCAUCCAUUCAAGCUUAUCUGCAGGAGUGGCUUCUAAGCGUUUUGCAAAAUCACAGAAUGCAUAAAGAGGGUAUGCUGCAUAUACUUCAUUGUCUCUAUGAGCUCCAUGAGGAGGAGUUUGUAAGGAGAGCCAUGGGAGUCUGGGGUGAGAUGAAGUUUGACUCCAUUCCCCUGACAAGGACAGACUGCUGGGUGCUGCUGUACUGCCUGCAGUGUUGUCCGACCAUCAGAAGCCUGAAGCUCCAUGAGUGCAACAUAACAGCAGAGAAGCUGAGGAUGCUGCAGCCUGCACUGAUCAGGUGUAAGGAGCUAGGGUUAACUGUGGAGAGGCUGUCAGAUGCUGAUGUUGGUGUCCUGAUCUCAGCUCUGGGGGAGGGAAAGAACCUGACUAAACUGAGCGUGGCAAAGAGCAGCCUCUCACCUGAGAGUGUGGAGCAGGUCCUUGGUGCUCUCUCCAGGCAAAGGUCUGUGGGUAACGUCCAUCUCUCCAUGACGACCAUCACUGGCACCACCGCAGCCCUGUGCCUGGACUUCAUUCAGAACACAGAGACGUGCCGUAACCUGGAGCUUCAGGAUACAUCAUGUGAUUCCUCCCUCUCUGUGGACAAAGACUCCAGAAGCCUCAGGCUGGAUGCGAAUUCUUCCAUGAUGUCACCUGGUUCACUUACACAAGCAUUUCAGAAUUCAAUAUUUUCUACCACACGAUCACCUGCUUCACUUACCCUGUCACAAGCCGACAGCCCAACCAGCGGCAGCUUUACCGACUUCAUCCACAAGUUUCGCGAUGUCACAGGUUUAAGAGCAAAUCCACAUACUCCAGGUGGCUGUAUGGGUGUUCUUGAGUCAGUCACU